CUUCUGUUGGGACCAGAGGGCAAGCCAGGUCUGCCAGGAUUCCCAGGCCCAAAGGGACCAAAAGGUGACACUGGAUUUCCAGGGUUGCCAGGAGAAAAGGGUGAGAAGGGUGAACCAGGAACCAUUCUCGCUGGCGAUACUGCCCUCGAGAGGUUGAUGUGGAAAAAGGGUGAAAAUGGAAUUCAGGGACCACCGGGGCCAAUGGGGCCCAAAGGACCGCCUGGACAUAAGGGAGAGUUCGGUUUUCCAGGUCGACCAGGAAGGCCUGGUCUAAAUGGACUAAAAGGUGCCAAAGGAGAACGUGGAGUAGUGCUAUUAGGCCCACCUGGUUUGCCUGGGCCUCCAGGGCCUCCUGGACCACCUGGAGCUGUGAUUAACAUCAAAGGAACGGUUUUCCCAAUUUCUCCCAGACCUCACUGCAAAACACCA